AAUAUUCGAUUAAAUCAUAUCAUAUUAUUCUGCGUUUUCUGAUUUUGGCAAAAGCUUCUGCUGGAUUCAUCGUUGGCAAAACCACCCUUUUACUCUCAGCUCAACACAUCAAAAAAUGAAAAAGUAAACGAAACUGAAGAGUAAAUAGCAGCUUCCAUCUUACUUCUCCGAGCAAACGAUUAACCGUGCAUCAAGCAUAUCAGCAUUUGGAAAAGGAGAAUUGCAGAAGAAUUGCAAAAGAAUCAAAUGGCUGAAACUAGUAUCUCUGAGCCAGAAACCGCAACCGAACCUCAACUUAUAUACCGGUGUAAGAAAUGCAGAAGAAUUGUCGCUUCAAAGGAGAAUAUAGUUUCCCAUGAGCGUGGAAAAGGAGAAUCAAGCUUCAAAUGGAAUAAGAGAAGCAGCGAAUCCUGGGGAAUGGAAAAACAACCAGCUGAUUGCACCUCGAUAUUUGUUGAGCCCAUGAAAUGGAUGCAAGCAGUGCAAGAAGGUCAAGUGGAGGAGAAAAUUCUGUGUAUGGGCUGUAAUGCUCGUUUGGGUUACUUCAACUGGUCUGGCAUGCAGUGCAGCUGUGGAGCCUGGAUUAACCCUGCUUUUCAGCUCCAUAAAAGCAAGUUAGAUGAGUGUUGUACGUAAAUCAAUCAUUUUUGAAAAACCAGAGCUUGAAAAAUGGAUGCUAUCUUUUUGAUGAACAACAAUGGCAGCUUAGCUUGGAAGAUUGUCUUGUACCUGUUUUACUUUUUCAAACUAGGACUAGGUUACUAGAUAUGGUUCUCAUAUGCUAUGGUUGCAUUUGGAUUGGUUUAUGAACAACUUACAUAGACUAAUAAAUUGGGCUGUUGGCAUAGAAACUUGUAGUAUUGAUCGUUGUUCGUAUUAUUUUAGGAAAGAAAACCGAACCAAAACAGUUCGACUUUACUGAACUAAACCAUUUUAGCAGUUCAAACCGAACCUUACUUA